GACGUGACUUUGACAGGUUGAUCUCUAUAUUUCAUUAAACGUUACAAAAAUGGAUGGAAGUGAAAAUUUUUCCGAAAACAUAGUUGAAAAUGUUCGUGUUUUCAUCAGAGUCCGACCGCCGAGAGAAGAAGAAAAAACGCUAGUGAACAAAAAUUCGGUAAUAGCAGACAACAAUACAAUCACUAUAAAUAAACAUGGAGUCGUAAAAACGUUCACGUUCUGCAAAGUCUUCAAUGCGAGUAGUAGUCAAUUAGAACUUUAUAGACACGUAUCAGUUCCUAUAGUUGAGCAGGUUCUCAAAGGUUACAACGGAACGAUAUUUGCUUAUGGACAAUCCGGUACUGGAAAAACGUACACAAUGAUCGGUGAAAUAGCCAAUAACGAUCGAAAAGGAAUCAUACCUAAUAUAUUUUCACACAUUUUCGCCCAAAUAAGUUUAGCAAACAACGAAUACUCCUACGCAGUUACUGUUACUUAUUUGGAAAUAUAUAACGAAGAAAUAAGAGAUUUGCUGUCAGAAUACCCGGAAAGAAAGCUAGUAUUAAGAGAAAAACCCGGAUUGGGGGUUUAUAUCAAAGAUCUUUUGGGUUUCACUGUAAAUUCUCUCGAAGGAGUUACCGAAAUUCUUAAAAAGGGUAACAAAAACAGAGCUACGAGUUUUACGCAGUUGAAUGAUACCAGUUCGAGAUCCCACGCGAUUUUCACGGUCUUAAUUGAAACGAAGAACAAUUUAACUAAUAAAACCACAUUUGGAAAACUCAAUUUGGUCGAUUUGGCUGGAUCUGAAAGGGUCCACAAAAGUUUAGCGACAGGGGAUCGGUUGAGAGAAGCGGGUAAAAUUAAUUUAUCGCUAUCUGUUCUUGGGAAUGUAAUUUCAGCUCUAGUAGAUGGUAAAGCAACCCAUAUCCCUUAUAGAAAUUCGAAACUGACCAGAUUACUCCAAGAUUCCUUGGGUGGUAAUUCGCUGACAGCAAUGAUAGCGAUGGUCAGCCCCAGAGUUCAAGAUUGCGAAGAAAACAUGUAUACACUAAUGUAUGCAGACAGAGUUAAACACAUUCAAAAUCACGUUACCAUCAACGUCGAAGCUAAGGGCGUUAUUGAAAGAUUCGAAACUAAAAUAGCGGAGCUAAGACAGCAAUUAGCAAUCGUAGAAGCUAGGGAACAAAGAUUAGAAAGAAGAGUGAGGAAAAGAAGUAGAACGAGCUUGAGUCAAGACGAAUUAGAUGAAAUAGAGAUAGAAAAAAAUAACUUACAAAAUAAAAUAGAUAUGAUUCAAAGAAAAAUAUUGAUAGGGGGCGAGAAUAUAAUUGAAAAGGCGCAACAGCAAAUGGAGAUGUUGGAAAAUACAGCUAAGGAAUUGCAGCAUUUAGAUAAUUCUCAUCUUUUAUUGAAAGAAAUACUUUACUAUAAAGAGAAAGAGAAAACGCUAGUGAAGAAAGAAUAUUCCGAUCUUCAAGAAGAAGAUAAAGAAUUGGAUGCUAAAAUAGAAGAAACCGAAAAACUUGUAAAGAAAGCUUCCGAGAUUUUACUAACCAAAGAAAGUGAAUACCAAAAUGAAAUUUGUACAUUACUACACACCAAUAAAUCGCUAGCUAAAGAAUUGUCAUUAAUACAAUUAGUUAUCAAAGAAAGUAUACCGAAGGUUUAUCUUGAUAGUUUAAUAAACGGCAUAGAUUGGGAUGACGAAUCUCAAGAAUAUCAAGUUAAAGCUGUUGCUUAUUGCGGAAAUAAUUUGAGGAAACUCAGAAGUCGGAGCGACAUACCAAAGAUUGAUUCCAGUAAAGUAUAUUUGCAAUAUACAAAAAAUAAAUCAAAUUCUAUGAAUAAAACACUAUAAUUAGUUAAUUAUUCGUAAUCUGUUUGAUGAGAAUAUUGAAAUUUUGAAAUAAAAU